AUGCGGCCGGACCAUAUUAACCCUCGCACGGGAAUAGUGGUGGCCCUAUGCUGUAUCUUCCUGGUCUUCGGCUUCAUGUUCACCGUGUCAGGCACAAAGGGCGAGACGCUGGGCGACAUCCCCCUCAUCGCCCUCGGGCCGGCCAUUUGCUUGCCGGGCGUGGUCGCCCUCAUCCUGGCCAAAAAAACCAAAGGCUUCACCAAAUGCCCAUGCAAGUGCAGAUGCGCCAGGAGGCAAAGGAAGCCCAGAACGAGGAGACGCGCACAGGAGCCCUGGGACACAGUCGUCUGCGAGGAGCUGGAGGAGGCGCGGUGGGACAGGCGGGCGCGGUCCGGGGAGGAUUCUGUGUCCACCACCACCACGGUGGGGGAAUCCAGCCACCUGAUUCGCAGCAUAGAGCAGGACGAGGUGCUGCGAUACUUGCGGGCCUGCUACCCCGCCAGCACCUUCAUGGCCACCCGGGACGUCUCCAACUACUGCGUGUUCGACAGGCUGUGCUCCCCUCGGGACAGCGUGGCCUACACAGCCGCCCGCAGCUCGGUGGUGUACAUGCCACGGGACAGCAUUGUGGUCUACUCCCGCAGGGACAGCACCCCCUAUAGCACAUACUGCUGCUACAUCAACCCCCGGGACUUCAGCUGGGGCAACGAGACCGUAGUCUGA